AUGCUAAUUGUUGUGAAGCUGCUGUUUAAGGUCGUGCAUGCAGGCAAGAUAAAAAAUGGGGCGACCUUUGUCAUGUUGGAUAAAACUUCAAAACCUAGGGAUGUGAUUCCUGCUUUGUUAAUACAAGAUGAUGGUGGUGGUAUGGAUCCUGAAGCAAUGCGGUGUUGCCUUAGUUUUGGGUCUUCUUCUUCUUCUUCUUCUUCUUCUUCUUCUUCUUCUUCUUCUUCUUCUUCUUCUUCUUCUUCUUCUUAUUAUGAUGGUGGUGGUAUGGAUCCUGAAGCAAUGCGGUGUUGCCUUAGUUUUGGGUUUUCAGAUAAGAAGUCGAAAGAUGCUAUCGGACAGUAUGGAAAUGGGUUCAAGACCAGCACUAUGAGACUUGGGGCUGAUGUUAUUGUCUUCAGCCGUUGCAAAAGUUCCAGGAGAUUGACCCAAAGUGUUGGUCUGCUAUCUUAUACUUUUUUAAUGCAAACAAGACAAGAUAGAAUAGUUGUUCCAAUGGUUGAUUAUGUGUUUGACAUUGGUAGUAGCACAUGGAAAACAUUACACAGUGAAGAACAACUUAAGAAUAAUCUUUCUAUCUUGUUGAAGUGGUCUCCAUUCACCACAGAAGCCGAACUUCUGAAGCAUUGUGAUGACAUAGGCCCCCAUGGUACCAAGAUAAUUGUUUACAAUUUAUGGCAAAACGAUGAAGGAAAAAUGGAAAUUGAUUUUGAGUCAGAUAAGGAGGUUUGUGUUGGUUUCUAA